ACCUUUGAAGGAGCUGCAGCGGCUGAGUGAGGCAAAUCUCGGCAGAAUGCAUUCAUUUGAAGCCCGAUGUGGGGGUAGUUGUUUGGUGUCGUUGACAAGUUGCUCAGAGCAAAGUUUGUUGUACGCUCAAAUGCACAUGGGAGUAUAUACUCACUCCGUGGCCGCUAAGAAAAAAGCAAUAAACAUCAAAAGAUUGUCAUAGAUUGUCAAUAUGUCAGAACCCGUGUGAUCAAACAGUAUGCGCAAGAUCCGUAUCCAAGUUUGGGUUCUGCACACCCACCGUAAUUUGCUUGAAUCUUCCAAGCAUUCUCCAUUUGCCCCGAACUGAUCGCCGGCAGGCUCAACCCGGUAUGGGUAAGUCAUUGUUGGAUCGGCUGGAAGGCACCACGUGGCUUGAUGAGAGGAAAUGCCCGAUUGCACACAUCCAAAGCGGAGAGAUCUUUUGGUCCAACACGAUGGCGUCCAUGGCAUCAUUGAUCUCUGAUGGCACAAUUGUGGUGACAAUAUGGAAGGAAGAUGUGGUGGCCAGAGGCUGCCAGAGCACAGAUCAAUCAUCAAAGAAUGGGGUUGCUCGAGAUGGAGAUGUAGCUAUUACAUUACAGCUUCAUGAUUUUUGCUCUCUGCCCAAGCCCUCAAAGCAGUCCACGUUCUUCGUUCAAGAAUCCGUGUUCAUUGCAGAAUCCGCUACGGGCCUAGGGGUGAAUUGUGAUGUUUGAACAAACGACCCAGGCCGUCAACUGAUUGCAUUGUUUGUGUUUGAGAUGCUUCACACAGCUUGAUGCUGGACAGGGGACGGUGUGAACUUUCGUUUAUCAUAUUGCCACAUUCAGCUAUUCAAACAUAUUCAAACAGUAGUUGAUGUCAAACUUGGAUUCUACCUGCGGUCUUUUGACAGGCGAAGUGGACCUGGACACAGAGCCAGCGUGCAUUACGUGGUCACGCUGGAACGACCUGCCUUCCCAGAUUAUGAGCUUUGUGUGGAUCAAGGGUUGACCUUGUACAAAGACCAGCAGGUAAGAUAGCUCAAUGGGCCAAAGCACGACAAGGCCUUCUCGUGUGAACGAAUCCAAGUAUCGCCAAGUCGCAAGAAUUGCAUUCCAGCGGCAUUUGGCCAUGCGGAUAGACCAUUGUGCGGGAAAAGUGGAAAGCAGCCAACAUGGCCUACUGCUUAAUUUGAUUGUGCGGAGGCGUUUGAACGUACUAUCAACAAUCCCGCCUGUCAGACCAGGUCCUCAGUCAACCAGGUUCCACCCUUGGAGUAUCUCUCUCGCGUGGUUCUCAUUU